GUAACCCCCCCCCCCCCCUCCCCGCCCGCCCCACCUCCCCCUCCAACUACACCACCACCACCACCACCCACCCCCCACCAACUCAACAACAUCUUCACCGGGAUUUCUUUCAAACCAAAACCAUAUGAGAUGCGAGUUCACUGGGAACUCCGGAGCCCGUUCGGUUCAGGCAGCAAAACUUUUUCUCAAAGGACAACACCGUAAAACGGCGAGUGGACCGUUGCUGCCGCCGCUGCUGCUCCACGGCGGGACGGUUAGUGUGUGUCUGACCGCAGAGUCCCCGCUAAUGUUCAUACAUUCACGCUAUUGUUGUUGUUGUUUUCUUUCUUUUGCCAGUGGAGUUGUUGUUAGCGGCUUAAUUGUUCGCUCUCAUUUCACUCGCGCCGGGUGAUAUUUGUGGUGUUUUUUUGGAGGGGGGGGUGGGGGUUUGUGCGGUUUGUUUGGAAACAGUACCGAGGAGGCUACGGGGGAAAGGAACGGUCGCUCCCGAGCCGCUGGACGUAUGACUACCGGGCUCCAAGCCCUUUAAACCGGCCCCCGGUUGCUGCUCGCUUCGGCGGUCGUUGGCCGGUCGCUCCUUCCGCCGCUCCGUCCGGCUUUCCCGGGACCCUUCGCCGGGGGGUGAGGCGAGCGAGCGAGAGGGACAGCGAGGACACGAGAGCCGCGGGACACCAGGCGCGUGGAGGUGGAGGUGGAGGUUGGAGAAGGUGGCGGCGGUGAGCUUGACGGGGAGAAAAGUUCCUCCAAAAUAGCAGCCGCUCGGCCUCGCGAUGGGGGACUUCGCCUCCCCCGCUGCCGGACCCAACGGCGGUAUCUGCAUCAACAACGGCAUGAACCCCGCCGCCGGGAGCGUGGCGGCCGCCGGGGGGGCGGCGGGCAUACCUAAGCACAGCACGGUGGUGGAGAGGCUGAGGCAGCGGAUCGAGGGCUGCCGGAGACACCACGUCAACUGCGAGAACAGGUACCAGCAGGCGCACGCCGAGCAGCUGGAGCUGGAGCGCAGGGAGACGGUCAGCCUGUACCAGCGGAGUCUGGAGCAAAGAGCCAAGAAGUCGGCCGGCGGCGGCGGCGGCAGCAAGCAGCCGCAGAGCAAGCAGCCGGACCCGGACUCUGCCUCCUCCGCCGAGCAGAGGAAUAACACGCUCAUAGCGCUCCAGGAGACUGUAAAGAGGAAACUGGACAGUGCACGAUCGCCUCUUAAUGGAGAGCAGAACGGCAUCUGUGAUGGAGGCAGCUACUCACCGACCACCAAACGGGUACGAAAGGAGGGCUCCGGUGGUUUGGACUCACUAACAGGUCUCCCUAACAACAACAAUACCGGUAAUGUUCCACCCAUAUCUCCACUGCAUCACCAAAUGGACAUUAAGCCCCUACUCGGCGGGCCCAACACUUCUACCGGAAAUAACACUACAAACGGCAACGGCAACCACGUGGGUCAGGCAUCUGACGAGCUGGGCAAGAACGGCAGCAGCCAUCUCGCAGACAUGAAGCUCAAUGGCUCGCUAGACCUGGAGGACAGCUUCGGCCUCCUCAAAGACCUGAAGCAGGAGCCGCUGGACGACGGCGGUGGGAUGGAGUCCUCUGAUCCGCAGUCCCUGUCCAAUCAGAACAAACUGUUCUCAGACAUCAACCUCAACGACCAAGAGUGGCAGGAGCUAAUCGAUGAGCUGGCCAAUACUGUGCCAGAGGACGAUAUGCACGACCUCUUCAAUGAGGACUUCGAGGACAAGAAAGAGCCAGAUUUUGGCAGGCCGGCCAACAAUCAGACACCAGGCCCACAAGAAGCCGCUGGGAACGCAACGGCUCCACCAGCAGCGGCGCUGCCCCUUCCUCCUCCUCAGCCCCCACAGGGAGUGCCACAGGGCUCUCCACAGGUUCGACCGUCUUCGUCAGGCCCUCAGUUUGCCACCACUGCCAAUGGGACGCCACCUCAGCAACCUUUGCAGCAGUCUCCAGCAGUUGCCAUGGCCUCAGGUUCGCCGUUGCACAACUGCGUGGCUCGCUCCCCUCAGACCCCAACCCAGGCUCAGACACAAGCAGUCUCUAGGCCUGGGAAUGGAUACAUGAUGAAUCCAGGCCCAGGGGUAAGUCAGGUGGGAACAGGACCCGGAGCGGCAGGAGUGGCCCCUGGAGGUCAGCCUGUUGGACCAGUGACGCCUGAACUUUCUCCAGCAGAGCAGCUCAAGGCAAUGGCUCAGCAACGGGCUAAACUGCUUCAGCAGAAGCAGCAAGCAGCUAGCUGGUCACCUGCAGGUGCUCCAACCAGUCCAUAUAACUCUGGUCCCUUUAACCAAGACAAACCCAACAGCCCAAUGAUGUACCCACCGCAAGCCUUUAACACGCCACAGGGUCCUCUAGUGGCCGGGAUGACUCCCAACAAUGUGCCCAAGGCCCCCAUGAGCAACUACCUCCCUCACAACCACAUGGGUAUGAUGGGCCAGCCACAGCCAAACAGCAUCAACCAGAACGCCCUGUCCAAGCAACAGCAGCAGCAAACAGCAGCCAUGUUGUCCUAUAACAACACCAAACCGCUGAGUCACUUCAGCGGCAGCGGGGUUGACCACAUGAGCCAGCGGAUGACUCCUCCCAUGGGAGGGAACAAUCAGGUCAAGAACCCCAUGAUGCCUCCCUACAUGGGUGGCGGGGGCGGACAGGGCGCGGGGCCCGGGCAGACACAGGGGCCAAUCCCGGGGCAGACCGCCCACCUGAGUGAGGAGCAGAAGAGGAUGUUGCUGAUGAAGCAGAAGGUGUUGAACCAGAACAUGCCCUACAGCGCCAUGCAGGCUCAUGGACAGGAACAAGGUGUGGUGGGAAUGUCGCGACCGCCGGGCGCCAUCCCGCCGCCUCACCCUGCUGGGGGCGUGGCCUCGGGUGUGGGGCCCAACCAGGGGUCGGGACCACCUCCGGGCUACGUGGGCAACCAGCAGCAAGCGGCCAUGAUGAAACAGAUGAUGGUGAUGGAGCAGGAGAAGAGGGCGCAGAUGCAAAUGAUGGAGCAGCAGAAACAGCAGCUCUUCAGAGAGCAGAGACAACAGCAACAGCAGCAACUACUGGCCGAGCAGCUCCAACAGCAGCAGCAGCAGCAUCUCCCCAGACAGAUGGGGCAAGGCCAGAGGAAUCCAUACCCUCAAGUCAAUCAGUACCAAGGUCCUCCUCAAGAUCUGGCAUCCAGAAGCCAGGCUCUCCAGAACCUUCGGGCCGCCCGUCUCCUACAACAGCAGCAGCAGAACCAGCAAAUGGUCCAGAUGAGCUCUGUUCAGGGACAGGGGGGCUCUGUGGGACCCCAAACUGAGAUGGGCCUACCCUACAGCAACCAGGGGUCCAACCAAGGUUCCCUGUAUGGGCUCAACCCAUCUAUGAGCCAAAUGAUCCACCAGCAGCAGCAGCAGCAGCAGCAGCACCAGAGCCAAAGUGUCCAAGCCAUGGGUCUUCCACCACAGCACAACCCUGCCGGCGGGCCCCCCCGGCAGGCAGGUCCCGGGGUCGGAGGUAUGCCUGGAGGUGGGGGAGCCGGAGGCUACGGAGCACCGGGGAUGUUAAUGAACUCCAUGACACAGCAACCCCUCAAAGGUCCUCCCAGCGCCAAAGCCCAAUCACAGAGACUGCAAAGCAUGCUGGGAGCAGGAGGAGGAGGCGGGGCCAUGGCGGCGGGUGGCUGGCCGCAGCAGCAGCAAGGACAGAGUCUGCAGGUCAUGGGCGGAGGAAUCGGAAGGACUACAGGGGGAGGCGGAGGAGACCUGGUGGGGUUCAGCUCAACGCAGGGUUACGGGAUGCAGCCGGGUCCGCCCCCGCGCAUGGCCAAGCAACACUUUCAGGGUCCGGGCCAGGGUAUGAGCCAGGGGAUGGACCCCAGAGUGGGCAAUCCACAGGCCGGCAUGGGAGGCCCAAUGAUGGGACCUCACAUGGGCGGUCAGCCCAGGACCAACCAGCCCCGGCCCAUGGUCAUGAACCAGGGAAUGAACCAGGGGAUGAUGGGCCAGGGGAUGACUGGUAUGGGGGUAUUCGGGCCGGGCCCUGGGGGGCCUGGAAUAGGGGCGGGGGGAGGAGGACCCUAUGGACCAGGGGGAGUUGGGGUUGGAGGUCAGCCACCGGGCUACCAGAGGACAGCCAAUCAAGACAUGUCAUCGUACGGAUAUGGGGGCGGGCCCUCAGGGGGAGGGGCCUUCGGAUUGGGCGACGGCUCAGGGGCGGAACUGGACUCAAGCGAUGGUUGGAUGGAGGAGUUCUUCUCGAACCAAUAGCCAACGGGGAAACUGGAGAUGAGUUUUUACUGGAUGAACUAAACAUUAAAGUAGGACAAAUGUUAAAACCUGAGAAAGUAAAACAAAAACGAUGACAUGAUCUGGACUGGCAUGUUUUUGUUUUGUUAAACAUGAGCAAGAUUAUACAUGAGUUAUUGUGUUAUGUUUUGUGUGUGUGUGUGUGUGUGUGUGUGUGUAAUGAGAGAGCGAUCAUUGUGUCUCGUGCAUAUAAAUGAAAAACCAAUAUAGAGAUUAAGAGAUAUGUUUCAUUUGUUUCCCUUUUUUCUCAAGUGUUUGAAAGCGAGCGGCGUUUACACAGCAGUGCUUUGAGCCUGAGCUUCAGCAGGCGCUGAUAGAACCCGCAGACCGAUGAAGGGAAAGGAAGACAAGUUCUCGAGACAGCAAUUUAUUUGUGUUUGUGUGCUUGUGGCACCCAGCUCAGUGCUUCAGAUCUCUCAACUAUGCGAGGAGCUGAGGGGACGAGAAAGCACUCUCAGCGCUCCCAUUUCCUCUCUUAGAUUUGUGCCUCCCAUAUCCAUGACGCACACACACACACGCACGCACGCACAAAUCUGUUGCCUUUGCGCUCUCUUCACUUGAUCUGUCUCUCUCUCCGUCUCUGCCUCCCAUCCUUCUUCACCGUCUCUUCUCCCGCCUUUCCCACCCUCUCUCCAGAGACUCGUUCCUCGCUCUCAACACUCCUUUCUCUGUUUAAAUUCGAAACAUCACAACAGAACAAAUGAUGUUCAUCUACUGUGCCACAGAAGCGCCCUCCAGUAAUUUUGCUAGGCAACCGACAUCGGUGGUGUUUUUUAGGGGGGGUUUCAUUUCCUGUGCAUGGAUGUGGAUAACGGGUAGACAUGAAGAGGAAGACAAAGAGGGUGAAAAGCAGAGAGAGAGGGAGAGAAUAGGCAGCUAAAGCACUUGGACUCAAAAGCUCAUGCACACAAACAUAGAAACACACAUAGAGGCGUCGGCCUGGGAGGGUGAGCGAAUGUGUGACAGCUUCUGGAGCUAAUAUUGCAUUAAGUGACAGAAACCACAUCACGCGCAUCAGGCUGACACAAAGCAAAACCAUUGCUGGGCACUGAAUGUAUUCAAGCACCGCAAGUGACUUCUUCUUUUUAAGGAAAAAAAAAAAAGCUCAUUGAAAGCCCACACCCACUUUUUUUGUUUUUGUUGCUUUGUUUUAUCUCUAACAAUGAUACUGGUUGUGUCUCUGUCAAUCAAAAGUGUUUGUUUUUUUUAAAAAGAAGAAAAAGGUUAGCCUUCUUUUAGUUUCUAUGGUCUUCUUGAAAAUGAGUUUGUCCUCCCGUCUCGCAGCACCACCUUCCCUGCCGCGGCUGGACUGUCCGUCGCCGUACCUGCUUUACGUCGUGUAAAACGCCCUCGCUCCAAACUAGAACGUAGUUGUGCUGUACUGUAACACUACUGUGAAGAAACACGAGUUCUCCUCUUCCAGCGCUUCACAAGGAAAUGGACCACUGCUGAGCCUGGAGUUUGCUCUGUAGACAGUAGAGAAGGGCAACGACAGUUAGAGCAUAAAAAACCCCAGUGUUAUCAGUGUCUCCCAUUCUUUGAGCUUAUUUCGCCAAACUGUAAACUUUCAUUCACCAACCCCCCCAAGCUGUCCGAUCUUCUGCCCUAAUGGUUACGUAAUAAAUAUGUGUUUUAAUACUGUAGUCGUCGGUGAGACAACACCUCACUCCUCUAACUGUUUUGUAAUCUCGGUUAAAAGACGAGCGAACGCGUGUUUGUACUUGCAUUACUUUGUAUUUAGCUCAUCGGAGGGAACGUUUGGAAGACGACGCUGUAAUCAACAAACCAAAAAGCCUUCUUGUCUGUGAACUAACUCCUUGCCAUCGAAACACUUGUUCCCGUGGUCGUCGAUGUUGUAUAACCCAACCCUUUAAAUACAAACUUUAACCAACACGCCCGUCGUCCUGUGAGCGUUGCUGCGGGCGGUAGCACCAUGUUUGGGGAGCAGAAGUCCUCCGUCCCACUCGGUGGAGGUCAACGGCAGGUUGAGGGACGUAGCACCGCCCAACGGCAUCAGGCUGAGCUGUUGAAACAUACAGUUGGUGUCUUUACUCUUCUGGGGGAAACACGGUAGAGCGCUCACAGCUUCGAUGGCUCCUGCUGCUCAUGCUUCCAGUGAGAUGGAGGAAAAGCACCUGAUCUUUACCUCUCCGCAGAGGAGGCGGGAAGGUGGGGAAACACCUCUGGGUCAGUGUUAAGGUCACGGCCUUUGUGACCUUUUUGUCUUCGAAGUUCAUGAUAUGGUUUUAAAUUCCUUCAGGAAGAGAAUGGGAGCUUCCUCCAAAUAUCAUUAUGUACCGGGACCAAGUCUGUAGACAACAUUUUAACAAAAAUUGUUGUUGUUGAUGUUCUUUGUUUUAUUUCUUUUUUUUUACUGGUGCUGACAUAUAUGUGAUUAUGAGAAAAAGUAUAUAAAAGAUAAUGGAUAUUUGUAAAUAUGUUUUUACAGGUUUAAAUACACCAGAUGAUACAGUCUCUACCCUGUAAAGAAUUUACUGUUUGUUGAAAAAUAGAGAAGUAUUUUUAUUUUUAAGUUUUUUUGUUUCACGUUUAACCCAUCUGAGCUACGCCAUUGCACUUCAGACAAUGUCUUACUACUAAUUUGUAUUGUAAACCUCCUUUCUUUUUUGGAAUUUUUUUCAUUUGUUUUUUUCUAGUUUGAGAUUUGACUCUGUCCUAAAGCAGCGUUUAUUUCUUUUUAUCCUGUACAGAAUUCCGAAAUGUUAACAAAAGAGAAUUACAAAAGACUUUUUUUUUUCCCUUUGUUUUUCAAAAAGAUACAAUAAAGAGAGACUGUUCUCGCUGAUCAUAUUAAA